CUGGUCAUGCUGCCAGAUUUGAUGAAGACCCUGCAGAGUACCCACAGCGACAAGAUGAGGGCCCUGCUCAUAUUCAGAAAUGUAAUGGGUCAUUUGAAGAAGAAGGUCAGCUCCAUCGCUCUGGAGCUGGCCGAGAAGCUCCUUCAACUCUUUGAUGAUGAGUGCAGCCAGGUGCAAGAGCUCUCCAUCUGCCUCUUCAAAGACAUAAUACAGAUGGCGGAUUGGAAGGACAAGCGGCAGAUGCAGAAGAAGGUGCGGAGGAGCCUGGUCCCACUCGUGUUGCACAUGAGUGACGAGAUUGAGAGCGUGGCCAAGGCCUCUCAGGAAGCCUUCUGUGCAGCUGUGAAGGUGCUCAAAUGGAAAUGGCUCAGUCACCACACACAGACACUGGAGAGAUGGAAAACUGUGGAGCGCUUGGUAAGGACAAGUCCCAGGCUGGACACGGGGUGGUCCUCUCACCUCCCCACCCUCAGGAUGUUGCAGGAGGCCCAUCUGGGCCCUGGCAGUGGCACAGGGAGCUCUCAGGAGCUCCAGACCCUGCUCUGCCUUCAGCUGUCUCUGAACCUCAGCCCCACGGGGCUUCUGGCUGGGAGACGCACAUGGCCUGAGGAACAAGGUGUGGGGUGCUGGUAG